GCAAGUCGACUGAUUGUAAUGCAGUCCUCGUGCAUAAGUCCUGGUGGCGGCGUUCUUGCAGCAACAACAGGCACCUACCUUGACAUUGUCUAGAUAGAGUUACCGGGCAGAGGCCGCCUAAUAGCCAUUAUAUAGCCUCAGCCUUUUGCCCCUGGCCCUCAGUCCAUGACCUGAAAAGCCUUCGCGAUAAGCGUCAGCUCAACGCCUGAGACCACGACAGAACGGUAUCUGUUCAUCGUCGCCUCCACACCUUUGAUCUCCACAGCCUUGGAAGUUUCAGAGGUGUCAUCUGUUCACACAACAAGUGGUGACGAUGGUGCAGCAGCCUCAGCCACCACCCGAACCGGCGCCAGUACGUGCGAGGCGCACUACACGUCGAGGUACACUGCCCAAUGAACGAACCAUCGGCCGGGUCCAAGAGAAAUACGCAGCAUACCGAGAUUUUCCAUGGGAGAAGAUUGAGGAGUUUCUGAGGAAGAAGUGGCCGCACUGGCAGGACUUUAAACAAGAAAAGAUCAACGACAACUGGCAAUUUGAGGUACCGGAGAAAUUGACAGAAUUGCCUCAAGAAUUGCAAACAUCGUACCUUCACCGCAAAAGCUACCCUGCCAACCUCGUUCCAAGCGGGACAUUCACGUAUAAAACCAAACUUGCCUCCUACGUCACGCGCCUCAAUGAAGCCGAGCGAGAUUUCUGUCUCGUUGACAGCGAAGAUGCCAUAGAUGACAUAUUUGAGAUCCCGAUCAUAGACAUCGGAACAGCCGAUGGGAAAGCAUUGGUUCCAAAAAAUAUACAUUCGGCAGCGAAGCUCAGCGAAUGGCUCGGUGUAGACAUAUUAUCCGAUGCCAGCGAUCCCACAGUCAAGCAGGUCAUCACCCGGAAGAAAGACCCCAAGUGCCGCUUUAUUUGUAUCUACGCAGAGAACUCUCGCGACAAGCUGAAGCUUACUCGCGAAAGUCUGUGCCAAAUCAUGUCCUAUCACCAGAUUAUGCCCGUAUACCUUGAUUUUAUGCUUGUGUUCGGAUCCAAAAGCGAUGCGAAAGACCUUCGUUUUAGCGGCUUUCGUGAUCAGAUCCAAUUGAAACCCCCCACCAGCGGACACCACGAAAUACCAGAGUUAGGUCGUAGUGGUAAGAUCUUCCAGCUUUGCUACAACCUCAAAAGUGUGCAUCUUGAGAAGAGGGGCUCAGAGAAACCCGAACCCACUGACUGGUCAAUCCGGGACGCUGCCUUCUACCAUCAGUUCGAUGUUGAGUAUGGCACUACGCUUUGGAUCGUGACGAAAGGGGGCCUGGAUAUCCUGGACCGCUAUCAAGAACUGGUCGGACCAAGCGUGCGGCCAGGACAGGGAGCCUACGAUGACCUCGCGUCGUGUUUUCGAUCAACCCUUGCCACGCAUUUGCUCUAUUGUCAGUGGUCAACCGAGGACUGGAGGUGGUAUAUUGUUUGGCUUGAAGAGAUCGUAGAUGAAGAGAGUAGUAUGGCUGUCGACGGUCCCCGGGGCUAUGGCUACGCACACCAAAACUAUGAGCCAAGAGAUUUACAAGACUUGCAGCACUGGCAAGACAAGACCAAUGAGGUCGUCAUGGUUCUGGAGGCCAACGCCAAGGUCUUGCGGUCGUUGCGCAAAUUCUAUUCGGAUCUCAUCGCGAGAAAAGACUUCCCGCUUCCACUACGGAAUGCGUGUGAAGAUGAACUUAUCGCGUUCUUUUCGCAGCUCGAUAGCAUUAUCGACGACUUUGAAAUGCAGAUCGCUCGAGCAAGGCUGCUGGCGAACAUCAUAAGCGACAGGAAAGAGCUUGUCUUGCAGCAUUUGCAGAGUCAGGCCUCCGAAAGAACUGAGCAGCUCAACAGGAACCUCGAACGUGAAGCUGUUGUCAUGCGAAUCAUCACCAUCGUAACCCUGAUAUACCUUCCGGCCACCUUUGUUUCGACAUUCUUUAGUACUGAUGUUAUCAAAUAUCAAGACCAGGAUCAGAGCCCAAGCCAGUCUUCUGAUUUCCAGAACCAGUCCUUUUCGUCUCUUGCCUUGAAGCGAUGGCUUCAGGUGACGAUACCGUUGACUGCAUUGACGCUUCUCGGCGCGUGGUCUACAUACAGACUAUACACUGCAUCGGCUCAAGGUGUUACUCUCGCAACUCGACUGAGGCGUAGUUUCAUCUCUUCCCGUAACAGCUUUCAUAUACGUAAAUCACCCCAAGAUGGCUCAUAUGUCUUCGGAGCCACAAAUUCGGGGAAGUUAAGGCGAGUCGAGAACGUAGUUUCGAUCGCUCUCUCCAGGCUUUCGCCGCGUAACGCGAGAUGGCAGCAGACUAAUGGUUCUGUCUUGCCAUCGCACAACGUUAGCCGAGCUGUAGCCGGCUGAAGGGUAGAAGUGGUUAAUUUGCCUUUUUAGACCGCACUGCAAGCCCUUGUCACUGCAGGAAAGUGCGAAAGAUUGUAAGAGGAGAACAAGCAUAGCCUACAAUGACCGCAUCACCAAAGGCGGCAGACAUGGCGGUGUCAAACUAGCAUGCAAAGGUGGACUCGACUGGGGCGGAGCGGGAGCAUCAUGGUGGGUGGGGGCGAGGGCCGCGCUUAGCGAACCGGCGUUCAUCAGCGCGCUCUUUCACUGUCCAGAAGACUAUAUAACUACAGCUGUCU